CUUUCUGGAAAUGAUAAGUUUAUCAAUAUUUUCAAAAUCAAUUCGUACAAAAUUCAUUCAUAAUUUAAGAGCAAUGACGGAAGUAGGACCAAUAUAUCAAAGUAUUCAACAAAAGUUAACAAAAGCGUUUAAUCCAACAUCGCUAGAAAUUAUUAACGAAUCUCACUUGCAUGCACAUCAUCAAGCGAUGAAAGAUGUUACGAGCAAGGAAACCCAUUUUUGUAUUUCGAUUGUUUCAGAUCACUUUGAAGGAAAAAAAUUAAUACAACGUCACAGACUCAUAUAUGAAUUGCUUAAUGAAGAAAUGAAUAUGAGUGUACAUGCUUUAUCAAUAAAAGCAAAAACUUCGAAAGAAGUUUCUGAAUCAAACUGAAUAAUAGUAGAUUUAAUAAAAAAUUUGAUUGGUUUCACGUCAACCAAAUUACGAGAUAAAGUACAACAUUUCUGAUUCUUAAGUUAUGUAAAUUAUUUUUCUCUUAAUAUCUUAAUUCGGUCAUGUUUUGCUUUUAAUUAUAGAUUAUUCAUUUGGUCAGGAUUCAUUGAUAAACUUAUAUCCAAUUGGAACAUUUCUAUAAUUGUACAUAAAGUAAUUAAGCUUUAGGUUAAUUUGUAUUUUAAAUAAUUAAAGUUCAUUCUAUGACUUAUAAUUUUAGCAGAUAUAAAUUGUUUUACGGAAAACGUAUCAGAUAUGGUUCA